GUAUCUUACAUUAUUGGCAAUGAUUGGAUAACAGUGUUGUCAUUCGCGGUGUAUGCGGAAGUUGGUGGGCAGCAUGGACACAGCGCAGGAUGGUGAGAAUCUUGCCAACGUCCGGCAUAUUAUUUUGGUUCUGUCAGGCAAAGGGGGUGUUGGUAAGAGCACCGUAUCUACCCAGAUUGCCCUGGCCCUGCGCCAUGCUGGGAAAAAGGUUGGUAUUCUAGAUGUGGACCUGUGCGGCCCCAGUAUUCCCCGUAUGCUGAACGCUCAGGGCCAAGAUGUUCAUCAGUGUGACAGUGGCUGGGUACCGGUAUACGUGGACCAGGAGAAGACCAUCUCGCUCAUGUCGAUCGGCUUCUUGCUGGAGCGGCCAGAUGAUGCAGUGGUUUGGAGAGGACCCAAGAAGAAUGCUAUGAUAAAGCAGUUCAUCAGCGACGUGGCGUGGGGCGAGUUGGAUUUUCUUAUUGUGGACACUCCGCCGGGGACGUCGGAUGAGCACAUCUCUACGGUGGAAGCACUACGCGCCUUCAAGCCCAUGGGGGCCAUUCUGGUCACCACUCCACAGGCUGUAUCCGUGGGGGAUGUGAGGAGAGAACUGACAUUCUGUAAAAAGACGGGACUGGCUGUCAUCGGGAUUGUGGAAAACAUGAGUGGCUUUGUGUGCCCGCACUGCACGGAAUGCACAAACAUAUUUUCCAAAGGCGGCGGUGAGGAGCUGGCACGGCACGCUGGAGUCCCCUUUCUAGGAUGUGUCCCACUCGAUCCUCUUCUAUGCCAGAGUUUGGAGCAGGGCAAGGACUUUCUGCAGGAGUUUCCCAAGAGUCCCGUGUACCCGGCUAUCACCAGUAUAGCCCAGCAUAUUCUGAGUAAGGCGUCCUUGAGCUGUUGACCAGAUCCCUGGUGGAGCUGUCAAAGGACAACCUUAGAUUUUGCUUCUGAAGACAGUCCAUGAAUGUUGAAUAUUAAAGACAAGACGCUUUUAUACAGUAAGAUACCUGCUAGAGUAGUGUUUGCCUCAGUAACUUUCCUCCGAGGACGUUCACUUUUAGAUCAGACCAUCGGAAUCUACCACGAGUGCAGGUGCUUGUGAUCUGCCCGUAUCAACAACAUUGCCUCCCCCUCCAUCAUUGCUACGGACGCUGUGAAUUGACCUAUAUCAGUGUUUAUUAUUAAAGUUAAUGGGACGCCCUAAAACAAUCCCCACUGCCGCAAUCCCAAGACCUUCCACGCGCGGUGCAGAGAAGUCCUGAUCGCGCGUGACAUUGUGCUUCUACGUUUUCCAUGUGAAAAGGUGAUAGGGGUGCGGCCGCGCUCUAGACCACUUUAGGAGAUGAAAACUGCAUCUCUUCCGACCGCAGGAGAAGUCAAUACAAACCUGUUAGCAGGUUUCAGCUUUUGACUGUUGGAACCAGAUUCAACUUCUGAUACCGUCAAAGCCUUAUUGCUUGAUUAAAUCUAACACAAUACCAAAAACUGUGGGCUUUUCUUUCAUAAAUUCCAAGGGUUCUUUAAAACUAGAAAUAAUGUUUCCACGGGAAUAGUCUGUGUGUUGGGGGGGGGUGUCGGCCGAGAUGAAUAUUGCCAUUUAGUGAAUUGAGCUCCUGCUACUCAGAGUAAAACCAUACCAACUCAUGUUUUA